GAGCGCGCAUGCGCGGUCGCCUUUGUGUCGGUCGAGCGGCGGCGGCGGCGGCGGCGGCGGCGGCAGCAGUGGCAGUGGCGGUCCCACUGGCAGGCGGGCAAGAGGGGAGUCCGGGCGGCGUCCGGCGUGGGAGCCGGGGGACCACCAUGGUAAAGAAGCGGAAAGGCCGUGUCGUGAUCGACUCGGACACAGAGGAUAGCGGCAGCGACGAGAACCUGGAUCAGGAGCUCUUGUCCCUGGCAAAGCGAAAACGCAGUGACUCUGAGGAGAAGGAGCCACCUGUGAGUCAGCCUGCAGCGUCGUCAGACUCAGAGACGUCUGACAGUGAUGAUGAGUGGACAUUUGGGAGCAAUAAAAAUAAGAAGAAAGGAAAAGCCAGAAAAAUAGAGAAGAAAGGAACGAUGAAGAAACAGGCCAACAAAACUGCCUCCUCAGGCAGUUCAGACAAAGACAGUUCAGCUGAGAGCUCAGCCCCUGAGGAAGGUGAGCUGAGCAGCCCAGACCUGGAAGGUCAACUCCCACUCUUACAGAUGACAGAGAAAGAGAGAGAGCAAGAACUGUUCAAUCGCAUAGAGAAGAGGGAGGUGUUGAAAAGAAGAUUUGAAAUCAAGAAAAAGCUAAAAACAGCCAAAAAGAAAGAAAAGAAAGAAAAGAAGAAAAAGCAAGAAGAGGAGCAAGAAAAGAAAAAGCUGACACAGAUUCAAGAAUCUCAGGUAACAUCCCACAACAAGGAACGGCGUUCCAAGCGGGAUGAAAAAUUAGAUAAGAAAUCUCAAGCCAUGGAGGAGCUAAAAGCAGAGCGAGAAAAACGAAAGAACAGAACAGCUGAGCUCCUUGCCAAAAAACAGCCAUUAAAAACCAGUGAGGUCUACUCUGAUGAUGAAGAAGAGGAAGAGGAUGACAAAUCCAGUGAAAAGUCAGACCGCUCAUCUCGAACAUCGUCAUCUGAUGAAGAAGAGGAGAAAGAAGAGAUCCCUCCAAAAUCCCAACCAGUUUCCUUACCUGAAGAAUUGAAUCGGGUUCGAUUAUCACGGCAUAAGCUAGAACGUUGGUGUCACAUGCCCUUUUUUGCCAAAACCGUCACAGGAUGUUUUGUACGGAUUGGCAUUGGAAACCACAACAGCAAACCAGUUUACCGGGUUGCUGAGAUUACGGGUGUUGUGGAAACCGCUAAAGUUUACCAGCUAGGUGGCACCAGAACAAACAAAGGGCUGCAACUACGGCAUGGCAAUGACCAACGCGUGUUCCGUUUAGAGUUUGUCUCAAAUCAAGAAUUCACCGAAAGUGAAUUUAUGAAGUGGAAAGAAGCGAUGUUCUCUGCUGGCAUGCAGUUGCCCACUCUAGAUGAAAUCAGUAAAAAGGAAUUAUCUAUUAAAGAAGCUCUUAAUUAUAAAUUUAAUGAUCAGGACAUUGAAGAGAUUGUAAAAGAGAAAGAAAGGUUCAGAAAAGCUCCACCGAACUACGCUAUGAAGAAGACUCAGCUACUGAAGGAAAAGGCCAUGGCUGAGGACCUGGGGGAUCAGGACAAGGCCAAACAAAUCCAAGAUCAGCUGAAUGAGCUGGAGGAACGGGCAGAGGCCCUGGACCGCCAGCGGACCAAGAACAUAUCUGCUAUCAGUUACAUCAAUCAGCGGAACCGGGAGUGGAACAUUGUGGAGUCUGAGAAGGCCCUUGUGGCUGAAAGUCACAACAUGAAAAACCAACAGAUGGAUCCAUUUACCCGGCGGCAGUGCAAGCCUACCAUCGUUUCUAAUUCCAGAGACCCAGCUGUUCAAGCUGCCAUCUUGGCCCAGCUGAAUGCAAAAUAUGGUUCUGGAGUGUUACCAGAUGCUCCAAAGGAAAUGAGCAAGGGUCAGGGCAAAGAUAAAGAUUUGAAUUCUAAGUCAGCCAGUGACCUCUCAGAAGAUCUGUUCAAAGUACAUGAUUUUGAUGUGAAGAUUGAUUUACAAGUUCCCAGCUCAGAGUCAAAGGCUUUGGCCAUCACCUCCAAGGCUCCACCAGCCAAGGAUGGGGCUCCAAGGAGAUCUCUGAACUUGGAAGACUACAAAAAACGACGAGGGCUUAUUUGAGCACACCCAGCUUGCUGCUUCUGACCCUGCAUGCCCCAUCGCAGUGUCCCGCCUUUCCUCCUUUCCUUUGAUUUAGCCUCUUUGGGCUGGAGCAGCUGUUGAACUGGGAAGAGACUCUAAACUGCCAGUCAUCUGUAAUAUAAACCAUUUGCUGUAUAGACCUCCCUUGUCUGCACACCAUCUCCCACCAGCCUCCCCUCCCCCCAGGGCCCCACGCAGUAUGGGCCUGGGCUCUCUUGGGCUUUAUUCAUGUCUUUAGAUUUGUGUUUGCCUUUUGUUUUUUUUUAACUGCGCAGUUCAUUGGCCACUCUGCACGCAUUCAGUAUUACCGUGGAGCUGGGAAUCUUGCUGGAGCCCCUGGGCGAUAGCAGCAGCACAGGGUGGUCUCCUCUACAGACUGCCUUGGCCCACCCAUUGAACAUUCGGCACUUGACCUUGUGGAGGGAGUGGGGAUUGGGCACCUGCAGUCCUCCUUCCUUCCUUUAUCUUUCUCUUCUGCCCUUCUUUUUGGAAGAAGGGUUUUCAAAACCAGUUUAGUUUCCAAAACGUGUACAUUUGUUGGGUGGGGGGGGUCUAAUUUGAGAGAGCGAGAGUGUGUAUGUGUGUGUGUGUAAGUGUGUGGAUUUUUUUAUCAUUUUUUAAAAAUGCAGUACUCUUUGUAUCAGUCUGUCAUGGGUCUAUAGCUGUUUCAGAUUUUUUUCAGCUGUACUUGAGCAUCUGAAACUGCAAGAAAGAAACUCAUUAAAUGUGAUUCUUCUUACUAAACGGGCCUGACUGCUGUAGCUGUGUAACCUCCCCAUCCCCACCUGCUCCUCCCCAUCUCUUCCUGACUUUGGAGAAAACUCCCCAGUUUAGCCCCCUGACCUGCAGGCUGUGUCCUGGCACGUAGGGAAGGGAAGUCCAUGGCCACGUACCAGGUAGGGCAGAGAAUGUCUUGCUCAUCCCGUGGGUGCAGACCACAGCUUCUUGGCUGAACAUAGAACUUCUUUUCCUCACUCAGUAUACCAGCCUCUUCCUAGUGAUUCUGUUUUGCUGAUUCGGCAAGAAUUACAUUUUGUUUUGUUUUGAAGAGAAUAACUCACCAUGAAUGUGGAGAGCAAACACAAAAAGAAUUAGGUUGCGCUGGGCGUGGUGGCUCACACCUGUAAUCCCAGCACUUUGGGAGGCCGAGGAAGGCGGAUCACCUGAGGUCAAGAGUUCGAGACCAGCCUGGCUAACAUGGUGAAACCCCGUCUCUACUAAAAAUACAAAACUUAGCCGGGCAUGGUGUUGCCUGCCUGUAAUCCCAGCUACUCGGAGGGCUGAGACAGGAAAAUCUCUUGAACCCAGUAGGUGGAGGUUGCGGUGAGCCGAGAUUGCACCACUGCACUCCAGCCUGGGCAACAAAGUGAGACUCUAUCUCAAAAAAAAAGAAUUAGGUUGCAAAUGUUUCAAGCAUGUGCAGUUUUGUGUGUGUGUAUACAUAUAUAUGGUCAGCAUAUAUAUUGUUGUGCAGCUAGGGUGAAGCCAGCAGAGGUGUGUAUGUCUUUAUGAAAUGUUUGAAAAGAGAUAAGCUGACUGCUUGAUAAUCAUUCUCAGGUGUAAAGCUCCAAGUGUAAAUAAAAGUGGCAUUUAACAAAUCUUUUCAGAACAAAGUACAGCUGACUAUAUAUACCAAGAACUAAGCUAAAGGAACAGCUGAGAGCUCCUGAUCUCCACAGGAGAGGAAUCCAAAAGCUCUGCUUUGUACUUCUUCACCCUGCUUUUGUAUAAGGAAGGGGGAUGAUGGGAAAUCAUGGACUUGUAAGUUGUAUUUAAACAUAAAAAUGAACUUGGUAACUCUUUUGGGUUUAGUAGAGCCUCAGUGUCGCUUUAACUUAGUUUACAUUUUUUUAUUUUAAAAACAGCAAUGGAUGGUUUUAAAGGAGUAUUGUGACUGUAAAAUUGCUAAAUAUGACUGUAACACAGCUGUGUGGUAGCUGUGACACAGUUUGGUUGGGCAAAGGAGUGGUGAUGGACUCGUUAAAUCAUAUAUACUUGAAUAGUCCAUUGACCGAAACUCUUUAUAGACUAUUGUGUAAAUGUGGAAUCACAGACUGUUAACAUUGCCUGGACUCCAGCAGAGUCCUGGAGCUGCUGGGACCUCUCCUAUCAUGAUGAACUUGGACUUUUUUUUUGAUUUCUGGUUUUAAAAGACAUAAAAUUAUAGAAUCCAGAUAAUUUGCUGGAGUCAUUCUGAUCCACCAUGUAGAUCUGUAUUUAGUAUCAUUUGGAUUUGGAGAAGUGUUGAUUACAUUAUGGCUGUGUAAUAAAAUUUUUAUUAAAACUGCA